AUGGCAAAUUCACGGAGCUGGCUUAUAGCUUUUUUGCUCACAUUGGUGGCUGCAUUAGACGUCACCGAUCUCUUCAACGUGAAGUUCGGAGCUAACGAUCCGGGCACUUGUCUGGACGCGGGAAAGGACCAAUUGAAUAAUUUCAUCACUGAGAGUAUUGCUUUGGCCCAGGCUGGCAUUGCCUUAUGCGACGCGUAUGAAAACACGGAUAAUGAACUCAACCCUGAGGCGACUAGGCUUGCAGAAUCAGUCUUCAGAGAACCUGACGAGGAUGACAUAGAAUCUAUCAGAAGUCAAUAUGAAAAGGUCUUGAGCUGGCUUCAGAAUGGUGGUUCAACUAAUGGUGGUCGUACCACGCUCAAACCAUUUCUGUUCUGUGGGGAUUCGUGGACCAUUCGCAAAAGCAUGAGUGACAUAUUGCUCGGCGCUGAUGGGCAACCAGUCUUGAAUGAAGACGGUAAUCAGAUGAAGAUCAGCGAUAGUGAGCAAAUGGUCGAAUGGAGAGACGACGCUGAAGCUAUUUAUGGAGUGGCAACUUAUCCUUAUUGGAGUGAUCCGCUGGUUCAGUACUGGUUCGGCAAGAAGUAUGGCGAUAGCCCUACCGAUGGACCAUGUACCACUGAUGGCCUAUAUGCGACCACAUGGACACCUGCUACUGGGCCGUCAUAUAUGUCCCUCUGCCAAGCGUCUUGGACCGAUCCCAAAGAACUUACGGUGGUUGAUUCUUAUACCAUUGCCGAUGUAAGCAAAAUCCUUGAUGGUAGCGCUUUUGAAACUGCAGGAUGGAUAUGGGACGUCAUGCCUACCUCGGGCACCAUAUUUCACGAGCUCUUUCAUCUUGUAUUAGGCAAAGAGGAUAGUGUACCUAGUGGGCUGAAUGGCCAGGAGGUCUACGGAUUCCCGGAGGUAGCUGGCCAAGUGCCUUUCAACGAUGCCGGCGAUUACAUGGAUGCUUCAUUAGCCAUCGACAAUCCUGAGACCUAUACCUAUGCGGCUGUUGCCUUUUGGACUACACAGAAUGCGCCAUUAGUUUAUGGACAGAGCCAAGAGUUUUGGACAGGGUACGCCACUCAUCAGAACUAGCAGCCCGCCAGCUAGAUGGAAAAUAAUCACAUAUGCGGGAUAAUGGAAAAGGCACAUGGUACAAUCAUAUGUGUCUAGAGAGUUUCAAAUAAGCCAUC